UUUAUUAUUGCAUCUCACCACUCUCUCCCUUUUCUUUCAUGGCAAAGAUGUCAGAUCCUCUUGUCGUUGGGAGAGUGAUCGGAGAUGUUGUAGAAUCUUUCUCUCCAACUGUGAAAAUGACUGUGACUUACAACUGCAACAAGCAAGUAUAUAAUGGUCAUGAGCUUUUUCCUUCUGCAGUAACCAUGAAACCUAAGGUUGAUGUCCAUGGUGGUGAUAUGAGAUCAUUUUUCACACUGAUCAUGACAGACCCAGAUGUUCCUGGUCCUAGUGAUCCAUACCUGCGGGAGCACUUACACUGGAUAGUGACAGAUAUCCCGGGCACAACAAACGCUACUUUUGGAAGGGAGGUGGUGAACUAUGAAAUGCCAAGGCCAAACAUAGGGAUUCACAGGUUUGUGUUCCUCCUAUUCAAGCAGAAGCGCAGGCAGACAGGGAUCACUAUCCCUCCUCCAAGGGAUCUUUUUAACACCAGAAAAUUUGCAGAAGAAAAUGAACUUGGCCUUCCCGUGGCUGCUGUGUUCUUCAAUGCCCAAAGGGAAACAGCUGCAAGAAGACGUUGAAAACUAGUACAAAAAAAAAAACCAGCAAGCCUGCCUGGAGCACAG